GUUGACAGAAGACAGGACCACAUGCCUUCUGAUCAGAUAUUAAAGUUGAGAAAGGCAGUCCCAAAUCUUUUCACCUAACAAUCAACUUUAUUCUUUCAGUGACUUCGAGUCUAUGUGCUGCCUGAAAUUAAAAGCAUCCUCUUGUUGUUUCUGCAGGACUCAAAGAGAAGAUGAAGUCUCACUUGGUGUUUCAGGUCUCCUGUGUGACCCUGCUCUCGCUGUGCUGCUCUGUGUGUCACGCCACACCUCUGUUCUACAACAUAUCCAUGGACGGCAGCGGAGAUGAAGCCGAGCUGGAGCUCCUUUUCCCGGUGUCUUUCUCCACCCGCGCGCCUGUUCACGUUACCGCUGCUACCGGGGGUCCCACUCUCACCAACACCAUAACCACCACCAUGAUCCGUCUGAAGGACUACGUCCUGACCCGAGUAGUGGACUUCCUGCAGGAGAACAUGCUCAUCAUCAUCGUGGUGACCUCUCUUCUCAUUGUCAUGGUCUUCAUCAUCUGCUGUGCCUCUGCAAUGAGUCACAAGCGCAAGCUGGAGGCAUAUAAGCCCCUACCUCAUCCACCCAGGAAGUAUACGGCCGAUAAAGCCGGAGGACGCAAGGAUUCAAGCGACCUGCAGGAGAAACCGUACGCCGUCGAUCACGUCAAGAGGGUCCAGACUCAGAGCAUGUCCUCCCCAAAGAAUCUGCGGAUGCCCUCCAAGGUGCUGGUGGGAGAGAGAGGGAGAGACGUCCGGUCAUCACCUCGACAGGAGGUCAGAAAGGUCAGAGAUACAGAGGCAGUGGAAAAGCGGAGAGAGGAACCAAAACACAAAGAGAAGGUGAAGCACAGGGAGGAGGUUCAGCAGAGCUCCAGUCCCAGCACCAGCUCCAGCUCCAGCUCUAGCUCCAGUCAGCCAGUCUGCACCUGCCAUCUGAAAAAAGGCCACCACUAG